CUGCCCUCUGCUUCCACAUGGGGGGGGUCGGGGGGGGGCUCUGCGCUGCUCUCCUCCCACCUGUGGUUUAACAGGAUGUUCUGGCCUGAGCUGCACAGAAAGCUUCGCCUGCAGACGCCAUGAAGGCGCCGCUGCUCGUCCUCUGUGAGUACACAGCUUUUCACACAGUGAGCAUCCGUGGCACCGUCAGCAACGUGCACGUUUGGUUGGAUGCAAACACACUGAAGUGCCCUGUUGUUUCAGGGCUUUUCUUCUGCAGGACGUCGGCCCACAGUCGAGCCUCCGUCCUCGUUUCUCCAAACAAAGCUCAGUAUUUUGAAUAUGACAGCUUCACUGUGAGCUGUCAAGCCUCCGACUCUGGAGAGUGGAGCGUCUGGAGAUACACAGCAGACGGUCUGGGCCGGUGCGGAUCCAGCUGGGGCAUCAGAACCGCCACCAGCUGCAGCCUAGACACGGUGAAGCGGUCUGCGAGCGGUGUGUACUGGUGCCAGUCAGAGAAGAGCGACACCAGCGACGCCGUGAACAUCACGGUCACUGCUGAUAGAGUGAUCCUGCAGAGUCCUGUCCUCCCUGUGAUGGAGGGACAUGAUGUCACUCUGCACUGUCAAACAAAGAGCCCUCCCUCCAAGCUCCCAGCUGAUUUCUAUAAAGAUGGCUCCCUCAUCAGGACUGAGCCUACAGGUCACAUGACCAUCCACCGUGUCACCAAGUCUGAUGAAGGAGCCUAUAAAUGCAGCAUCCAGGCUGGUGGAGAGUCUGCGUCCAGCUGGAUGCUGAUAAAAGGAGCUGCUGCUCCCGUCUCCAUCGCUGCGUCUCCAGACACGUCUCAGAGGUUUGAGUACGAGGAUCUGACCCUGAGCUGUGGCCCCGGCAGCAGCCUCCAUGCGUGGACCAUCAAACGGUCCCAGAGCUCUGGAGGCCCCGUGUCCGGGUGUGGGCAGCAGUGGGGACGCGCCACGGCGGCGGGCUGCGUCCUCGUCGCCGCCAAGCAGUCGGACAGCGGCGUGUACUGGUGCGAGUCUGCUGCAGCUCGACGCAGCAGCUCCAUCAACGUCAGCGUGGUCGGUGAACGCACAGCAGUGAUCCUGCAGAGUCCUGUCCUCCCUGUGAUGGAGGGACAUGAUGUCACUCUGCACUGUCAAACAAAGAGCCCUCCCUCCAAGCUCCCAGCUGAUUUCUAUAAAGAUGGCUCCCUCAUCAGGACUGAGCCUACAGGUCACAUGACCAUCCACCGUGUCACCAAGUCUGAUGAAGGAGCCUAUAAAUGCAGCAUCCAGGCUGGUGGAGAGUCUGCGUCCAGCUGGAUGUGGGUCAGAGCCAAUAGCAGCUCUCCCUCAGCCCUCGGUGGAACCCUGCCUGCGGUGACGGUGGUCCGCCACGUCCUCAUCUGUUGUCCCUACGUCAUCUGCACCGUCCUCAUGCUCUCUGUUUAUCAUCACAGGCCUUCAGGGCCUGAUCCAUCUGUUACCAUGACAACCCUGCCACGCAACCAGGACGAUGACGAGUCACAGCAGGAUGAUGUGACCGUCGCCACCGAGCACUGUUUCUGAGUCCAUUUGUUUUUCCAUUCCUCCUAAACUCGCUGG